GUUUGUGUGGACAAAAACAAAGAUCAAGAAACCGUGAGAUUAAUGCCAACACAACAAGGAUUGUUGAGUAAAGCAGAAGAGAUCAGGCCUGCUCAAACACAGCUCUGUCCAUGACCAAUAACGUUUCUGUACUAAUGGUGAAAGAUGGAUCACUCGAAUCCUGACCAACCUGAUGGAUCUCCACAAUUAAAAAAGAGUGAAGCCCAGGGAAAGAUAUCAGACUGUGCAGGACCCAGCAGUGCCUCCAUGAACAGUGAUGUGUCUACAGAUCCUCCACCAGGAUUAAAAAAUGAAGUCCUCUCAUCUACACACAGUGAAACCCAGAUAAAGAGAUCAGACUCACCAGGACCCAGCUGUGUGUCCAUGAAGAGUGAUGCCUCUAUGAUUUUACCACCAGUGAUUAAAGAGCAGAGAGACUCCUCACCUGGAUACAGUGAAACCCAGAUAAAGAGAUCAGACUCACCAGGACCCAGCUGUGUGUCCAUGAAGAGCGAUGACUCUAUGAUUUUACCACCAGUGAUUAAAGAGAAGACAGAAUCCUCACAUGGAUACAGUGACCUGCAGCAGGCAGGAGACAAAACAGAACAGAAGAUCAUAAUCACAGAUACAGAGUGUAAAUCUAUAACCCCUGAACCUCAUCUUCAGGAGAAAUGCAAAUUAAUUCUGAUAAAGAAGUUUCAGCAUGUAAAUGAGGUGAUAACAAACCAGGGGAACCCAACACUUCUCAAUGAGAUCUACACAGAGCUCUACAUCACAGAAGGAGACAGUGGAAAAGUCAAUAAUGAACAUGAGGUGAGACAGAUCGAGGCAGCAACAGAGGAAACACCAGUCAAAUGCAGUGACAUCUUUAAGCCCUUAUCUGAAGAAGACAAACCCAUCAGGAGUGUUCUGACAAAGGGAGUCGCUGGCAUUGGAAAAACCAUCACUGUGCAGAAAUUCAUUCUAGACUGGGCUGAAGGGAAAACAAAUCAGGAUAUUCAUCUCAUAUUUCCACUUCCUUUCAGAGAGCUCAAUUUGAUAAAGGAUCAAAAACUGAGUCUGAUGGAGCUCCUUCAUUUCUUUUUAAAGGAGAUAAAAGAAACAAACAUUUCCAGCUUGGAGAAAGUUCUGUUUAUUUUUGAUGGAUUGGAUGAGUGUCGUUUUCCUCUGGAUUUCCAGAACACAGUGAGAUUGUGUGAUGUAACUGAAUCAGCAUCAGUGCAUGUGCUGCUGAUAAACCUGAUCAAAGGGAAUCUGCUUCCCUCUGCUCUCAUCUGGAUCACCUCCCGACCAGCAGCAGCUGAUCAAAUCCCCUCUGAGUGUGUCGAUCGAGUCACAGAGGUACGAGGGUUCAAUGACCCACAGAAGGAGGAAUAUUUCAGGAAGAGGAUCAGUGAUCAGAGCCUGAGCAACAGAAUCAUCACACACCUGAAGUCAUUAAGAAGCCUCUACAUCAUGUGCCACAUCCCAGUCUUCUGCUGGAUUUCAGCCACUGUUCUAGAGAGAAUGUUGGGUGAAGCAGAGAGUGGAGAGAUCCCCAAGACUCUGACUCAAAUGUACACACACUUCCUCAUCAUUCAGACAAACAUCAUAAAGAAAAAGUACACAAAGAGCCAAGAGGCAGAUAAAGAAAUGGUUCUGAAACUAGGUAAACUGGCUUUUCAGCAGCUGAAGAAAGGCAACCUGAUCUUCUAUGAGGAAGACCUGAUGGAGUGUGGCAUUGAUGUGACAGAAGCAUUGGUGUAUUCAGGUGUGUGUACACAGAUCUUCAGAGAGGAGUUUGGACUUCACCAGAGUAAAGUGUACUGCUUUGUUCAUCUGAGCAUUCAGGAGCACCUUGCAGCUCUGUAUGUGCACCAGACUUUUAUGAACGAAAAGAAAAAUGUUCUUCAGCAGAGUCUGUUUUCUAAAUUGUGGAUGCUGCUAAGAGAAAUUCCAAUCUCAGAUGUACACAAGAGUGCUGUAGAUCAGGCUUUACAGAGUAAAAAUGGACAUCUGGAUCUGUUCCUUCGCUUUCUUCUGGGUCUCUCACUGGAGUCCAAUCAGAUCCUCUUACAAUCCAUAGUGCCACAGACAGGAAGUAGCUCCCACAGCACACAGGAUACAGUUCAUUACAUCAAGAAGAAGAUCAGAGAGAAUCCCUCAACACAGAAAUCUAUCAUUCUGUUCCACUGUCUGAAUGAACUGGAAGAUCAUUCUCUGGUUGAGGAAAUCCAACACUACCUGCAAUCUGGAAAUUUACAUCAAAGCAAACUUUCUUCUUCUCAGUGGUCAGCUGUGGUGUUUGUGUUACUGACAUCAGCACAGGAACAGGAUGCGUUUGUCCUUAAUAAAUACACCAACAAACAUUGUUCAUCAGAGGAGGUUCUUCUGAAGCUCCUGCCUGUGGUUGCAGCAUCCAGGAAAGCUGAGUUUAAUAACUGUGACCUGAAAGAGGAAGGUUGUGCAGCUCUGGCCUCAGUGCUCAGCUCUGAAUCCUCCAGUCUGAGAGAACUGGAUCUGUCUGGGAAUAGAUUCACAGACUCAGGAGUGAAGUGUCUCUCUGCUGGACUGGAGAAUCCUCACUGUAAACUGGAGACACUGAGGUUGUGUUAUUGUGAUUUCUCAGAUGAAGGCUGUGCUGCUCUGACUUCCGCUCUGAGAUCAAACCCCUCACACCUGAGAGAACUGGAUCUGUCUAGGAAUAAAGUCAGAGACUCAGGAGUGAAGUGUCUCUCUGCUGUACUGGAGAAUCCUCACUGUAAACUGGAGACAAUGAGGUUGAAGCUUUGUGAAAUCUCCGAUGAAGGCUGUGCUACUCUGACUUCAGCUCUGAGAUCAAACCCCUCACACCUGAGAGAACUGAAUCUGUCUAAGAAUAAACUCAGAGACUCAGGAGUGAAGUGUCUCUCUGCUGUACUGGAGAAUCUUCACUGUAAACUGGAGACACUGAGGUUGUAUGUUUGUGAUAUCUCCGAUGAAGGCUGUGCUGCUCUGACUUCCGCUCUGAUAUCAAACCCCUCACACCUGAGAGAACUGAAUCUGUCUGAGAAUAAACUCACUGACUCAGGAGUGAAGUGUCUCUGUGCUGUACUGGAGAAUCCUCACUGUAAACUGGAGACACUGAGGUUGCGUGACUGUGGUGUCACAGAUGAAGGCUGUGCUGCUCUGACUUCCGCUCUGAGAUCAAACCCCUCACACCUGAGAGAACUGGAUCUGUCUAGGAAUAAAUUCGGAGACUCAGGAGUGAAGUGUCUCUCUGUUAUUCUGGAGAAUCCUCACUGUAAACUGGAGACACUGAAGUUGCGUGGUUGUGGUGUCUCAGAUGAAGGCUGUGCUGCUCUGACUUCCGCUCUGAGAUCAAACCCCUCACACCUGAGAGAACUGGAUCUGUCUUGGAAUUUUCUCAGAGACUCAGGAGUGAAGCAUCUCUCUGCUGUACUGGAGAAUCCUCACUGUAAACUGGAGACACUGAGGUUGUGUGAUUGUGGUGUCUCAGAUGAAGGCUGUGCUGCUCUGACUUCUGCUCUGAGAUCAAACCCCUCACACCUGAGAGAUCUGGGUCUGUCUAGGAAUAAAGUCGGAGACUCAGGAGUGAAGUGUCUCUCUGCUGUACUGGAGAAUCCUCACUGUAAACUGGAGAAACUGAGGUUGUGUGAUUGUGGAGUCUCAGAUGAAGGCUGUGCUGCUCUGACUUCAGCUCUGAGAUCAAACCCCUCACACCUGAGAGAACUGGAUCUGUCUAGAAACAAACUCACAGACUCAGGAAAGAAGCUGCUCUUCAGUCUUAAAGAUGAUAAACUUUACAAACUCCAGGACUUAAAGGUGUAAAGAGUUUUCAUCUGAUCCGACUCCAGUGAAGACAUGUUGUAUUAAAUGUGCUCCAUUCAGAGAGGCAUUUCCUGGAUUGAGGAAUGAAGAACAUUUUGGUCAUUUUGCAGAGACGUGCUCCUGUGCUUACUUGGUGUGAUUCUUCAUGCGUGUUUAAGAGAGUGGUGUUGCAGCACUAAUAUCAGGUCUAAACCCUUACUGUAGAUUAAUGAAUUGUUGUUAUUAUUAACACACAUUUCCACAGUGACACCCUACAGGAUCCAGACAUCAUCGCAGGACUCAAGUUCUGGUUAAGGUUCCAGUUGAGUUCUCCAAAUGUUCAGAAAUAUUUAGUAAGUUUUAGCUAAUAGAAGUGGGAUGUGUAUGUACAAUGAGAAUAUAUACAAGAAAUAUAUAUUUUUAAUAGAAGUAUAAAAUGUAAAAUAGAAAACUAAGAGUCAUAUGUAUCAUAAAGAAGUAUUCAUUAUUAGGGCUGCAUUAAUAGUCUAAUAGAAUAAUCAAUCAUGUAGGUUUUUUUAAAAAAUACGGACAUGGAUUUUACAUUUGCUACCAGAGAUUGUAGUUUUCUGUAAAUAAAUCCACUAUACAUUAAUGUGAUGACACCAAUCUGAGAAAUGUACAGAGUGUAUUUGUCUAAACUGAGGUUUUUAUGAAGUGAUUUUCAUCAAGACAAGAUAGGGGAAAGGGAAACCCAAAAUACUGGUAGUUUUAUGCAGAACAGUGCCUUUAGCACAUCAAGUCACAAAGGUUAAAAAAAAAAAAAAAACAGUUGCAAACACCUUCUUGGUGAGCGAAAUAACGUUACAGCCUCAUUAAAUGUUAAGAUUCCUCAUAGUUUUGUU